AUGUACGGAUUACUUCUAGAGGCCAUCGUUGAUUACAUUGUUGAUCAGUAUGGCGAGGAAACGUGGGAACAGAUACGUAAAUCUGCAAAUCUACAAAAUGUGACAUUCGCAACUCACGGAAUAUACAGCGAAAACAUAAUAUCAGCUAUUGCUACCGCAACGGCCGAAACGACGGGGGAGGACGUGGCCGAUCUCAUGGAUUCGUUUGGCGUUAGCUUCGUGGGAUUUGUUGGUCAAUACGGUUAUGACAAGGUACUCAAAGUGUUGGGUCGCAAUAUGCGAGAUUUCUUAAGUGGCCUGGAUAAUUUGCACGAAUACCUCCGCUUUAGUUACCCAAAGUUGAAACCGCCUUCUUUUUUCGUCGAAAACGAAACACAGUCUGGACUUACGUUGCACUACAGAAGUCGGCGAAAAGGAUUUGUGAAUUAUGUACAGGGCCAGAUUCGACAAGUUGGUCGUCUGUUCUACAAUACUAAAAUUACUAUCAAUGUCACCAGUGAAUCUAAGAUAGGCGAUCUGGUACACGUGGUCAUGCGGCUGUCAUUUGACAACACAGCAUACAUAAAAAUGUUUCGGAACAUUGAUCAUAUAACAGAGUCACUUCCCUUGCGUUCUGAUGUAUUCUUUGAACUUUUCCCAUUCCAUAUCGUGUUUAACCGACAACUGAUGAUCAAGAGCAUAGGUGUAAGUCUUACAGCGAUAAUGCCCUUCAUCAAAGGAAGGAUGCUUGAAGAUAUUUUCCAACUUGUGCGUCCAUUGGUUGAACUGACUUGGGAAAGUAUCAUGGCUCACACAAACAAUGUAUUUGAAAUAGCUUCAGAUAACUGCACAGUGAAGCGGAAUGAAGAAAAAAUCAAACGAGGCAAAAACAAAGACGGAGAACACAAACUUCAUUUGAAGGGACAGAUGGUGUUUAUGCCGGAAUGGGACUGUAUUAUCUUCAUGGGCACACCAGUGAUGGAGAACCUGGAAGCCAUGGGCAGAGCAGGUUUGUACAUCAACGAUUUGAGUAUGCAUGAUUCCAGUCGCGACCUUGUUCUAGCGGGAACGCAGCAGUCCGCUGAACUCAAGCUUGCCCUUGACCAGGAGCAACAAAAGAGUAAAAUCUUAGAGGAGAGCAUGCAGAAACUUGACGAGGAGAUGAAAAGAACAGAUUCCCUCCUCUACCAGAUGAUACCCAAACCUGUUGCUGAUCGAUUACGUAGUGGAGAGGAGUCUAUCAGCACGUGCGAGGUGUUUGACUGUCUGACGAUUGUGUUCAGUGAUGUUGUCGGUUUUACCGCCAUAUGCAGCCAGAUUUCUCCGAUGGACGUAGUUUCCAUGCUGAACGCUAUGUAUACGAAGUUUGAUAAUCUCAGUGAGCUACAUAGUGUAUAUAAGGUAGAAACAAUUGGGGAUGCCUACAUGGGGGUAGCAGGAGCGCCGAACGUGACAAAAUACCACGCAGUGAGCAUCUGUAAUAUGGCGCUGGACAUGCUCGUAACAAUGUCAGAUCUCAUAAAUCCAACAUCCGGUGAGAGUAUGAAAAUCCGAGUUGGUAUCCACAGCGGAAUGGCGGUGGCAGGGGUUGUGGGCGUGAAGAUGCCACGCUAUUGUUUGUUCGGGGACACAGUCAACACUGCCUCGAGGAUGGAAACCAAUAGCGAGGCAAACAAGAUACAUAUCAGUGAGACUACAAAAAUCGAGAUCGCCUCUAUGCCGUACAAGGUCGAAGAACGGGGUUCAGUGGAGGUCAAGGGGAAAGGUCGCAUGAAAACCUAUUGGUUAUUGGGAACAACAGGGGAGGUAAUCAUUCCAGCUUCGAACUCGCCUCCUCCCGACACAGGUCGACCAGCAUCUCUGAAAUCACCGUCACACUUACAAAGAGCCUCGUAUUCACCGGUAUCUAUGGAGGACACAAAUAAUAUCAAGUCUGGCAGAUCAACACCUUCCAGGUCCCCUACUCCUGUGAGACGAGCGAACAUAAAGCAAAUUGAGAAAGACACCACAGAAAACAUAACUUCGGCAGUCAAACACCUGGAGGUGAAGGAGGUCGAAAAAGAACAAAAGAAACUCGAAGUCGAGAAAACCAAAGCAAAACUCGAUAACAAAUCUAUUCCUGCUAGCAAAUCCGAAAAUUUGAAAACGGAAGUGACAGAAACACCAAAACAUUCGAAGAAAACAUCUUUGUCACAUGAGAAAUCUAACAAGAAAUCUAAUGAAACUGUUAAGGAGAAAAAAAAAAGUCUUCAGAAAAGUAAUGUUCCAGACGCGACAGUUAAGCAGAACGGUUUAUCAGAAACUAACAAAACAGACCAAAAACAUGUUCUGGAUGUCAAGCAACCGCAACAGAGUUCACAACCAAUCGUUAAGAACGCGAUAGAUGAAAAUACAGAAAAGAAAAGUACCAAUCCGAAUCCAUCUGUUCAGGCACCCGACCCUCUCCGUAACAUUCCACCCCCUGGUCGACCCAAAACACCCCCUAGUACACCUCGUAAGACGAUUGACCUCCUUGCGAUGGAAGCUCAGCUUAAAGAAGACGCUGAGUCAUUGGCUAACAAUGGCUACGUUUCCUUGGAGACAUCCUUACAUAAAGUAUCACAAUCUGAAAAUGACCGAAAUCAAGCAGUACCGACACCUCCAAAGGAGAUAACUUUGUCCAAUAACGCGCCCAAGUAUGUCGAGCCUGACCCCGUAACUGCAGCGAACGAACAGCCUAAAACGAGGCCAUUAGAUCAGAGUCAGACAUGCGUUUUGUUGUGA